AUGUCUGCUAAUGAUACAUGUAGUGUAAGAGAUGAGGAAUAUAUACAUUUUCGGUAUUUCAUCUAUGCCGUGACAUACACUGUCAUUCUUAUACCAGGUCUCAUAGGGAACAUAUUAGCAUUGUGGGUGUUUUAUGGUUAUAUGAAAGAAACUAAACGUGCUGUGAUAUUCAUGAUAAACUUAGCCAUUGCUGACUUACUACAAAUUCUUUCCUUGCCACUGAGAAUUUUUUACUACCUAAUUCAUGACUGGCCAUUUGGACCUGGACUAUGCAUGUUCUGCUUCUACCUGAAGUAUGUCAAUAUGUAUGCAAGCAUCUACUUCUUGGUCUGUAUCAGUGUGCGAAGAUUUUGGUUUCUCAUGUAUCCCUUUCACUUCCACAACCGCAAACAGAGAUAUGACCUGUUCAUCAGUAUUGCUGGCUGGCUGAUCAUCUGCCUUGUCUGUCUACUCUUCCCGCUUCUCAGAACCAGGUCUGACACCACAGGCAACAGAAACAAAUGCUUUGUAGAUCUUCCAACCAGGAAUGUCAAUCUAGCCCAGUCUGUUGUCAUGAUGACUGUUGGUGAGUUAGUAGGGUUUAUUGUUCCACUUUUCGUCAUUCUCUAUUGUACCUGGAAGACAGUUUUAUCAUUGCAAAAUAAAUAUUCUGUGGCCCAAGACCUUGGAGAGAAAAAGAAAGCCUUGAAGAUGAUUCUAACCUGCACAGGUGUAUUUCUAAUUUGUUUUGCGCCUUAUCACUUCAGUUUUCCUUUAGAUUUCUUGGUCAAGUCCAAUGAAAUUAAAAGCUGCGUAGCCAGAAGAGUGAUUCCAAUAUUUCAUUCUGUGGCCUUGUGCCUCGCUAGUCUGAAUUCCUGUCUUGACCCAAUCAUAUAUUACUUUACCACAAAUGAGUUCAGAAGACGGCUUUUGAGACAAGAUUUGCAUGACAGCAUCCAACUCCAUGCAAAGUUCUUUGAGAACAAACAUAUUACUUCUACCAUGACAACAGAAUUAUGCGAAUAA